GAGACACAGGUAAAGGGAGGAGAGACAGAAAUACUUGCAGAGCCAGCAGAGAGCUGGGCAGCUCUUUCCCGGAUGCUGGGGACCCUCCGUCUCUCCCAGAUGAAAAGAUGAUCUUGUGGUAGACCCCAGAACUGAGGCCCCAGGAUGGCAGAACCUGAGACCCUGUCCCUGCUGGAAUUGAAGGGGCCUGAGACGCCCAAGAGCCCACCUCAGGCUUUGGUCCCCAAUGGCCGGCAGCCAGAAGGGGAAUGCGGAACCGAGUCCCCUGGAGCUGAGUCCCUCAGAGCCGAGUCUGCAGUUGGCUCUCCCAUGGCCAGAGAUGGAACUGAAGAUGGUCUAGACAGUACAGUAAGUGAGGCUGCCACCUUGCCCUGGGGGACUGAACCCCAGCCCAGUGCCCCGUUCCCGGAUCCCCCUGGCUGGAAGGUCAUCGAACCAGAGCCUCUGGAGUCAGAGCCACUUACCAAGCCAGAGGAGCCACCUGACGAUGAUGAUGAUGCCAACCUGCUCCCUGAAAAGGCGGCCCGGGCCUUUGUGCCCAUCGACUUACAGUGCAUUGAGAAGCGGCCCCAGGAGGACCUCAUUGUGCACUGUGAGGCGAGCGAGGGCAAGCGCCAGGCCUUCCUGCCCACCCGGGCCACCCAUCCAGAGCCCCUUGAGCGAAAGUGGGCUGAGGCCGUUGUGAGGCCGCCUGGCCGAUCCUGUGGGGGCUGCGGGAGCUGUGGAGGCCGAGAGGGGAUAAGGGCGGUGGCCUCCGUGGGAGCGGCCCUCAUCCUCUUCCCCUGCCUUCUGUAUGGGGCCUAUGCCUUCCUGCCCUUUGAUGCCCCACGGCUGCCCACCCUGAGUUCCCGCCUGGUCUACACACUGCGCUGCGGGGUCUUUGCCACCUUCCCCAUUGUGCUGGGGCUCCUGGUGUACGGGCUGAGCCUGUUGUGCUUUUCCGCCCUCCGGCCCUUUGGAGAGCCCAGGCGAGAGGUGGAGAUCCACCGGCGGUACGUGGCCCAGUCCGUCCAGCUCUUCAUCCUGUACUUCUUCAACCUGGCCGUGCUGUCCACCUACCUGCCCCAGGACACCCUCAAGCUGCUCCCUCUGCUCACUGGUCUCUUUGCCAUCUCCCGGCUGAUAUACUGGCUGACCUUCGCCGUGGGCCGCUCCUUCCGAGGCUUCGGCUACGGCCUGACGUUCCUGCCGCUGCUGGCCAUGCUGGUGUGGAACCUCUACUACAUGUUCGUGGUGGAGCCAGAGCGCAUGCUCACUGCCUCCGAGAGCCGCCUGGACUACCCCGACCACGCCCGCUCCGUCUCCGACUACAGGCCACGGCCCUGGGGCUGAGCGAGCGGGCCUCGCCGUGGGCUCGCAUGCUUUUCUGAACCGAGCUACGGGCCUGGGCUUUGUCCCCAGCCCUGGGACCUGCUGCCCCGUAGGGAUAUCAUUCCAUCACGGCCUGGAUUGACCCUUGCUCCCUCUUAGCUGCUGUUGUCCUUCACCUCUGAGGCUUGGCACCGCCAUAAAGGAGGGACUUUUCUUUCAGGGAAAGAGGUGGACAGCCUUGUCCCUUGAGGAUGCUGAGGACACAUGGUCCAGAGGCAUGGUUCCUUCCUGAACAAUCUCCUACUGCCAUUAGGGCUCCCUAAGGCUGGACUCUGUCCCACUCCCCAGCUCUGUGAGGCAGGAGGCAGAGCCAGAGCCAAACCCGGACUCUUUCUGUGCCAGCUGGACCAUCAGAGGAACUUAAGGAGAAUGGAGAAACUGCUGUGCCCAAGGAAGAGGCUGCAUCAGAUCAAAUGAGGACUUUCACAUUUGGUGAAAUUUUGGGGGUCCUGGGUUUGGGACUGGUCUUAAAGGCUUGUUAGUCUCAAGACUAUUCUAGCCGCCCCCAUGCAGAGCUACUGCCUCCUCCCUUACAACCUAUGUACACCUCCAAACAUUCCAGAUGUCACACUUCCCAUGGGAAGAGGGGUCAGGGAAAUCUGGCUCCCAAGAGGGGUGUGUGUACCCACAUGUGUGGUGGCUGGGGAGUGGUUGGAAGGCACAAUGGUUAAUGUUAACCCAGUGCAAGUGUUUGUUUAUGUGUGUGUGAGAGAGAGUGAGAGAAUAAAUUACCACCCCUGCA